AACAAUGUUGGUAGUAUUUCUCAAGAACCACCAUGCAUGGAUGGAUGGAUAGGCUUUUAUAUAUAUCUAGAUAUAGAACUGCCACUGAGCUCAUAAUCUGCAGCGAUUUUGGCGUCUUUAGCUACCCAACACGGGACCUUUAAUGCCCUCUACCCUUUGCUCGUUUCACAAUCCCAACCUCUGACAUCGGCAUCGGAGGUUGACUAUGGCGACUCAAUCAGCUGCUCCUCCAAGCCAGACGGACGAAAAUACCCAAAACCCAGCUUCGGAAGUUGUACAGCCAAUAAUUGAGGAGCAGCAUGAUGCUAAGGCAGUGGCUACGGAAGACAACUUGACUACAUCUGUGUUUGUGAACUCAGAACCAAUACGCGAAGAACAAGUGCAGAAUGCUGUAAAGUUUCUUUCACACCCAAAAGUAAGGGGAUCACCGAUCAUCUAUAGACGGUCUUUCCUUGAGAGAAAAGGCCUCACUAAGGAGGAGAUUGAUGAAGCUUUCCGUCGUGUUCCUGAUCCAACCCCGGCUGUUUCAAAUGUGCAGCCAGCUGCUCAAAAUCAAGAUGGGCGGUUGAAGUCAUCAUCAAAUAUUCAGUCACAAGCCCCAACUCAAAAUCCGCAGCCAGCAGCAGCGGCUCCUGGUGGUGUCAUUUCUAAAGUUAGCAGCUUGACCCAGUCCAGAUUCAACUGGUCACAUGCUUUUUAUGCUGUAGGAAUACUGGCUGUUUCUGGUCCAGGAACAGCCAUACUUCUUAAGAAUGCUAUUGUUCCUAGGUUGAAGUCCUGGAUUUGCAAGGUUGUAUUGGAAGAAGAUGUCCUGACAAAGAAAACCAAUGCAACACCAACUUUGGAAGAAGAAGCAACAGCUGCUGCAAAAGCUGCUGCAGCUGCAGCUGCUGAUGUGGCACAAGCAAGCCAGGAAAUGUUAAUGUCAAAAACUGAGCAAAAGAGAUACUUUGAGGAACUUAUGAAUCUGUUAGAUGCGCAAGUACAAGAAAUGAAGCUGAUGAGUAAAACCAUGAGAAAGUUGGAAGGACACAGUACUACCUCUGGAAGAGUCCCUCAUGUUGAACAAGAAGAUCAUAGAGUCUCAAUCACCAAUUCAAGGCAAUCAAAUGCUAAUGGGAAGGUGGAACUUGACCUGCACUCAGUGAGAUCUUCACCACCGCCUGCAUCGGUUGAACCCUCUGUUGCACCUCAUCCAAAAUCAUAUAUGGAGAGGCUGUCAACUCUGUUUGAAACUGGAGAUAAUGCGAUCAUUGCUAUGGUCCAAAGAGGAGAGAGACCUCCUAACAUCAGUGAGAUCAAUGAUCUACCUCCCAAUCCCAAUCAGCCAGUGUCAAAUCUUCGCUUAGCAUCUAGAGCUAAGCCUUGGGAUUUUGGUCAGUCUCAAAACAGCUUGAGCCAUAUUCUUCCGUCUCAAGAGAGCAGUGAUGGAUUCAAUUCCCAGUUUGCAGAUAAUGGGCUUAUCAAUCAGGUGAAUGGAGAGAGUAAAGUUCCUUGGUGGCAACAGAAAAAUAUAAGAAUUACAGAAAUUGAAAAUGAAGAUGACCACAAGACCGUGUCAUCUGAUGUGUUUACAAAUGGACGACCAGUUCAGAACUCAUGGGUUCCUCCCCAGCCACCCCCUGUUGCAAUGCCAGAAGCAGCCGCAGCAAUCCGACAAGCAAAGAAACAAUCAUAUCAGAAAGAACAAUUGGCUGAUGAGCAUUUAGAGGCUCAUUCUUCAGAUAUAACUGAUGAGUUGCAGAGGAUGACAAAGAUAUCUGAAUCAGGUGUAGCUGAGGCUAAUGGUGGGAGUUCAAAGCUGAACACCAGUGAGAUACAAGCAGAAGGUGGAGCUUUUGAAUCUUCUUAAGGUAUCCCAUAUACGCUGCAUACAGUUGAAUAAUUUUCAAAACAUGUUUGUUCAACAUGAACCAAACGAUUUACUUGUUGAGUACCUUCAUUGAAAAUUCAAAUACUUCAUGCAAACAUGGUUUGACGAGGAAAAAGUUAAUAAUAUCUAGGGAAUCAUAUAAACAUUGACUCUUGGCUAUAUGAAUGAUGAUUUAUAGCGUCUAACAUAAAAUCUUUUUUUCUUUCCACA